UUAUAUAAACAGUUUUGUUGAUAAAGAUUGAUAACUGUUAAAAAGAUUUGAUUUAACAAUUACUUAUUAACUUAAACUUUAUUAAAUUAGUGUUUUAAUGCAUUAUCAACGAGUUGUGUAUAUCAAAAAGUGAUUUGAAUGUUAUGAUGAUGGACACUUCGAUAAUUAACACCCCGGUUGCUAGGUUGAGUGUUGGCGGGAUCAGCAGUCCUUUACGUAGGAGAAGUCUUAUAGCGCAAAAAAAUCGGAUAAACAGGGACGAGGAACGUAAUGAUGACGAUGCUGAGCGUUCGUCAUUGGUGGCGUCGGAGCGUGCCCUGGUCACAUCCACACCACUGGCUUCUCCCGGACGGAGUAAAGACACAAUGUCAUCAUCACCGCAGAAAGAACAUUUCCAAGGCUGUCUCAAAUUGUAUGCAGAAAAUAAAAUCAACAAAGAUAAUGCAUGGAAUCUGCAGCUGAUAGACUUCAUGACGUCAAUGUUGCGACGUCACGACGCGCGUAUGGACAACCUGCAGACUGCCUCUACUGUGGUGGACGCAUCCGCACGCAUCUACUCCUACAGGGUGGACGCAGUGCAUUAUGAUGUGCUUAAAAUGGCCGGAGGACUUAGCAAAGCUGCUCAGGCGAAGCGAGGUAAGAAAGAUGACAAUGAGGAGGUUGGUGAGGAGCCGGCAGACAGCGCCACCGUUAAAAAGAAAAAGAAGAGAACUAAGGGUGCCAUCGCAGCCAACCCUGAAGUCUUUAAUGGAGAUUUUGAUUCUAAUGAUUUUGUUGAUCCGUUUUUCGAGAGGCUGGGGGCAACCGCGGGCGAUGUCACCUCCUCCAAUAGAGCCUUCAAUGCCACCCUGCCUAUACAUGAUGACACCUUAGCACUUAUAUUGAGAACGGAUACUCCGUACUUGGAGCCAAUCAGCAAUGAAUCAGAAUAUUUGGAGCUGAGCGAGAAGAUGACGCUGGCGAGCAGGCUGUUGCCCGCCUUCACCAGCGCGGACCGCAUCUGCGAACCCUUCGCCGCAUUCUCCAUCACCAACUGGGACCCUGACACGGAGUACACCGAGAGCCGCGUCAGCAAGUGGGUGGAGGAGCGGCUGAACCUGUCGCAGCAGGCGCUGGCCUUCGACGUCAACGCGGACGUCGAGCCCAUUCCGCACGACGACCUGCACAACGAUCUCUUCGGUAACCUCAAGGACCAGCAGCCGGAGGAGAUCGGAGACAUGCUGGAGCCUCCCACCAAGGUGGCGAAAAUCUUCAUACCUUACGCGAUGAGAGCAAAAAAGGUGGAUAUGAAGCAAUUAAAACAUUGCACGUGGAGGAUGCUGACCAAUAAGAGUAAAGAAGGUGAAAAGGAGGAGGUGACGAAUGAAAAAGGACUAAUACUAGAAAAACAUGAUGAUUUAAAAGAUAUCGGCAUUAUAGGACUUAUUAAAUAAUUAAUGUAAUUUUUUUGUUGAAUACUCCUAGAUUGUAUUAUUUUUUAUGAAUUUAUGUAGAUGUAAGUUUUCUGAUUAAAAUA